AUGAGAGGAGUAAACAAAUGGGAGGAAGAUAAAAUUGAACAAGAGACAAAGGAGUUCAUAAAAGAGAACCUGAAAAUAGAGGUGGACAUAAUCAAAGCAUACAAAGUGCAGUCCAGAGGAGACAAAUGUACGGUAGUGGCAGAAGUAGGAACCUGGGAGCAAAAGAGAGAGAUAAUGGUCACAAAGAAAGAACUAAGAGCAGGAGUCUUUAUAGACGACGAUCUAACGAGGAUGAAAAGGGAAAUGCAGAACAAACUGAGGGAGAAAGCGAAGGAAGAAAGAGAAAAAGGAAACAAGGUCAAGAUAGAUGAGGAAGGAUGGAAGAAGAUAGAGAACAAGGUCUCAAAGGAAUACAUCUGGAAAUGCAUACCGGCAAAAAAGGAACAUACGAAAGGAAGGGCAAAAGGCGGGAUCGUGAAGGCAGUAAGAAAAAGUCUAGAACAAGUGGAAAUCAAAGAGAUAAACGGAGAAAUGGCAGAGGCUAAACUGAAAUACAACGGAAACAGUUGGAGGAUCGUUACGCUUUAUAGCCAAAAGAUAGAAGAAACGGUAGAAACCCUAACGGAGCAGAUACCAGAAGAAGAAGAAAACUACUUACUGAUAGGAGGAGAUUUCAAUGCAAGAACAGGCAACAAAGGAGGCCCAAUAGAAGAAGAAGGAGAAGAGAGAAGUGAAAUCAGACGGUCCAUAGACAAAGUAAGUAAUAGAGAAGGAAGGAUAUUAUUAAACAAAAUAGAAGAAAGAGGCUGGACAAUCUUGAAUGGAAGCUUCGACGAGGAACGAAGGUGGACAUACAUAGGAGGGUCAGAUAUGUUGGUCAUAGACUAUAUAAUAGGAAAUGAUAGAGCGGCAGGAGAAGUAAAAUCGAUGAAAGAAGGAGACAGAACAGAGUCAGAUCACAUUCCAUUAGAAGCGGAGGUAAUAGGAGCACAAACAAAAAAGAAAAAAGGCGGAAACAAGACAAAAGAAAUAGAGAAAAGUGUCUGGUCAGAAGAAGGAAUAGAAAACUACAGAGAAAAUUGCAAAGACUGGGCCAGCACACGGAACGAGACGGAAGACAUAUGGAUGGAAAUAAGAGAUAAGGUAAAGCAAUCCAUAACGAAACAGAGAAAGAAGAUUAAGCUCUGGAAAAUAGGAGAAAGAAAGUGGUACAAUAGAGAAUGGAAAGAAAAGAAAAGAGAAUUAAGAAAAAUGCUGAGAAACCUAAAGAAGGGAAGAAUCGACAGAAAAGAUUAUAUAGCAAGGAGGAAGGAAUACAAAGAAUGGUGCAAAGAGCAGAAGAAGAGACACGAAUAA